AGACAAAAAAUGUGUACAUUGUGGAAUGGCUCAAAGUAAUUAACACAUGCAUUACGCCAUAUCUGUAUCAUUUUUUGUGGUGAAAACACUUAAAAUCUACUCUUAGCAAUUUUCAAGUAUGCAGUGCAUUGUUGUUUCUUUUCUUGUUGUAAAAUGGCCUUUGGAAACAUUUUAUUUACUUAUAAAGGAUGCAGACACGUUUCACCAAUGACUUGUCUAAUUAUUAUUUGGAGUUUAGCGAUAAAUGAGAGAUUUACAAUUCUUUAUAUAUUUUGAUAUUCUAAUUCAUUAUAUUUAAAUCUCAACAAUUCAGUUAGAAUCAUUUUACAACUCAUGUAUGUUAAGACUAUAGAUGGUAUGUACUAGAAAAUUUCAGCUUAUAUAUUUCCCUAUACGUUACGUGCAUUUUAUUUAACUUCGUUAUACUGUGAAUAUUGUGUACAUACUGGACAAAUGAGUCCUAAUUUUGUAAUAUCUAGUCUCCAGAUAUUAAAGAGGUUGCCAAUGUUUAAAAAAUAGACUACAAAUGGGAACAUAUAAAGUAUUUGUAUGAGCAUGCAUCAUAGAGUAAUUAUUUAUGUCUAAACAUGUUCACGGUGCCAGAAUACCAAGGUCAACUUGAACAUACGCCAGGUUUUCACCUGGCCUAUCCCUCACGACUCUGAGCAAAUUGUUCAACAUUUCUGGUUCUCAGUUGCCCUCAACUGCCAAAUAAGGGGCUGAAUUAGGUGAUGUCUAAGGCUCUUUGCAACGCUAAAAAUAUCCUACAACUUUGUCCAGAAAAUGCAUCUUAGAGGCCACAUGCGAGCCGCCCUCAGCACCAGCUAAUUAGGCUCCAGACUGCUUAGGCCAAGGCACUUCCCGGAGACUACCCCUGACUAUUCUGGUGGCAAAACAAUUUUAUACUUGUCAUCACUCCCUGAACCCAGUCAAAUCCAACCGAGUGGACUCAAAACCAGUCACAUCCAACCAAGUGCCUCCUGUCCCUUGUCCCUCCUUUUUCCUGCCCUGCCAACCCUCUUCAUCCCCACUCUCUAUAGCCAUGGCCUCAAGAGGAAGGAGGCCUCUCCUUGCACACCUCUCCUUCUCUUCCAGCCUGAUAUCCCAGCCCUCCACAUUCACACACCCAGUAAGGAACAACAACAACAGUAAUAAUAAUGGCUGCCAUUCAUUGACAGUUUUCCAUUUGCCAGGCACCGCACUAAGCAUAAUCUCAUUUAGUUUUUCAACAGGUUUAUGAGGUGGAAACUCUUUUUAUCCAUAUUUUGACAAUUACAUGAACAUUUUCUGCAGACCUCUCUGCAAAAUAGUUCAAUUGAAAUGAUUUUUUAAUAGCAUUAACCACUUUCUGGUGAAUUGCCCUAACAACUUUUUCUAUCAGAAACGUAUCCUUCAUCCUCCAUUUGCAUUCCCAUCUCUCUCCCCUUCCUCUCAUUUUCUCCCACGUCUUUUCCUCUCCAUCCACCUUCUUCACCUCCAUCUCCUCUUCUGCUCCCACUUCCACACACCUAACGUAAGGACUUCAAGGCAGAGUCUGUGUUCUCUAGAUUUCCAAUGCCACAUCUAGCUUUGUGCCACUUAAUUCUUAUGCUAAGACUCCUCUUUUGAGGCAAAUGCCAUUCAAUGGCCCCUCACCACACACACUCCCCUCUGCCUCAUUGUCCAAAAACCUUGACACUGGCUCACAGCCCACUUCCCUCUCGUCUCCUGCCAUCAUGAGAAAGUUCAUGCCUUUAUAGAUGGUCCAUUUAACGUCAUAGACAGAUAGUUCCUGACCUCCUACUCUCUUGCCUUUCAGGUCCAAUCCACUUCUGACUUCUUGUUCCAGUGACUGUUGGUCCAGUCCCAUGACUACUCUCUGGACUUUGGCGACACCUGGAGUUGUGCUUACUUUAAAAUUCUAAAUUCUGGUUUCCACUAUCCAACUUUAGCCUGUCAUCCUUCACCUUUAUCAAUCUCCCCCUCACACUCUGCCUGCUCCAUGACCUCAUAAGGAUGCCCAAUGACUCACCCUCUGCCCUUUUCUUCAGUCCAUCUGUCCCUCUGGUUUUGCUUUCUUCUUGCUAUAUGAUCAUAGAGUCAAUCGCCUCAACCGUUUUCUCAAGAACACCAGAAACUUCUUUGCCACUGUUUCCUUCUUCUGGACCUGUCUUCAAAUCCCAAAACCCACAUCAGUCUGAUCAUCAUCCUUUCUAUUCCUGCACCAGGAUUACUUCCAAACAUGCAGUUGAACGUCAUUACGAAUGAGAGCUGGACCUCCAAUUUUCUUUUACUCAUUGCUAGUCAAGUAUUUUUCCAGUUCAGUGUACAUAUUCUAAACAGUCAUUCUUUCUAUCAACCACCUUCAUCUGGAACAUUCUAGCAACCCCUCAAAUCCAGUUGGUCCAAACCUAAACUCAGUGUCUUCCUCCUCCUCUAUUCCCCAUCUCAGUGAAUAUUAUGAAUUCCCAGAAUCUAAAAUUAAUUACCUAAGAGUUAUCCCCAAUUCUGCCUUAUUCCCUACUCUCCAAAUUCAAUCAUAUUACCAUAUGCUCUCAAAGCCAUCUUCUCUGCAUCCCCACUGCCUUCAUUCUUCUCACCUGGACCAUUGUUCCAACCUUGCAAUUGUCCACCUUGUUUCAUUUCAACAUGAUCAUGUUGCCCUCUGCUUUUUACUUAGGAUUCAUUACAAACUCUUUAGACCAGCACAGAAGACUAACCAUGAGCCAGCCCCUGUCUGAACCUGGCAAUAGAUUUCUUAAAGAUGGUAAUCGUGCAUUUUUCAUUUCUGCAUUUAGUUAACACUAUGUCUUUCAUUUUAGCACUUAGCAUAGAGCACCAGACAUCAUAACCAUGCUAUUUUAAACAAAAUAACAGGUCAAUAUUUGUGUCAUUGUCCAAGAUAAUAAACAGAUGUUACAAUUAUGGUAGGAACAGAGAUGUUGCUAGUCUGUUUUCUAAAUAACACAUUUUUUCUGGUGGGAUAAAAUAUUUGUUUCUGUAGUUAGCAGUCCUUUAUACCCCUCAGUGGUAAUUGAGACCCUACUGUACCUCACAGAACUCUAUCAUAAUCUUACUUAACUUUAUAAAAACUUUGAUAAUACCUGGCGCCAGAUAAUGAUAGUACAUGCCUAGGGUCUAGAUGAAAGUAAAGGAUUACUCACUCAAAAUUAGAAGUUAAAUUAAUAAACUUAAUAUAGAACAAACCCUAUUAUAUUUAAGAUAACAAAUAGCCCAAAGCAACACCUAGGGAUGUUAGACAUUAAUUAUUUUUAAAAUCACUCAAUUAUACAUAAUUUUAUGCUAAUCUAAGUAUGCCAUUUUUCUUUUGGCAUAUAUAACUCAAAUAGGAACGCCCCAAUAAUUGUAUAUAAAAGCCCAAAGAAAUCAUCAGUGCAUGAUAUUUUGUUCUCCUGGGACAUUACAGUUUCACACAGACAAGGUGAACAUUUCUCAAAACACCAUGUCUCUCCGAUUUUCUAAUGGAUCCAGACAUGUUUGCUUAAGGUCUGGAGCUGGAUCUGUCAGACCACCCAAUGGAGGUGCAGGCUUUGCGGGCAGCAGCGCAUGUGGCAGCUCUGUUGCUGGAAGCGAAUUUUCCUGUGCCUUGGGAGGGGGCUUGGGCAGCGUUCCUGGUGGGAGCCAUGCUGGUGGUGCCCUUGGAAAUGCUGCUUGUAUUGGCUUUGCUGGAAGCGAAGGGGGACUCCUCUCUGGAAAUGAGAAGGUGACCAUGCAAAAUCUUAAUGACCGCUUGGCAUCCUACCUGGAUAACGUGCGAGCUCUGGAGGAGGCAAAUGCUGAAUUAGAGAGAAAAAUCAAGGGUUGGUAUGAAAAAUACGGACCCGGAUCUUGCCGUGGACUUGAUCAUGACUAUAGCAGAUAUCACCUAACAAUUGAGGAUCUUAAGAAUAAGAUUAUCUCCUCCACUACCACUAAUGCUAAUGUCAUUCUGCAGAUUGAUAAUGCCAGACUGGCUGCUGACGAUUUCAGGCUAAAGUAUGAAAAUGAGCUCACCCUUCACCAAAACGUAGAGGCUGACAUCAACGGAUUACGGCGAGUCCUGGACGAGCUGACACUCUGCAGGACUGACCAGGAGCUGCAAUAUGAGUCUCUGAGUGAGGAGAUGACAUAUCUCAAGAAGAACCAUGAAGAGGAGAUGAAGGCUUUGCAGUGCGCGGCUGGGGGCAACGUGAACGUGGAGAUGAACGCGGCCCCCGGGGUAGACCUCACGGUUUUGUUGAACAACAUGCGAGCGGAGUACGAAGCCCUUGCAGAGCAGAACCGCAAGGACGCGGAGGCCUGGUUCAAUGAGAAGAGCGCCUCGCUGCAGCAGCAGAUCUCCCACGACGCAGGCGCAGCCACCUCCGCCCGGAGCCAGCUCACCGAGAUGAGGCGCACCCUGCAGACCCUGGAGAUCCAGCUGCAGUCCCUAAUGGCCACGAAACACUCCCUGGAGGGCUCCUUGACAGAGACCGAGAGCAACUACUGUGCGCAGCUGGCGCAGAUCCAGGCUCAGAUCGGGGCCCUGGAGGAGCAGCUGCACCAGGUCAGAACCGAGACCGAGGGCCAGAAGCUGGAGUAUGAGCAGCUCCUCGACGUUAAGGUCCACUUGGAAAAAGAAAUUGAGACCUACUGCCGCCUGAUAGAUGGAGACGGAAAUUCAUGCUCCAAAUCAAAGGGCUUUGGAUCAGGAAGCUCUGGGAAUUCAUCUAAAGAUUUAUCCAAAACCACACUGGUAAAGACAGUGGUUGAAGAGAUAGAUCAGCGUGGUAAAGUUCUUUCAUCAAGGAUUCACUCCAUUGAAGAAAAGACAUCUAAAAUGACCAAUGGCAAGACAGAACAAAGGGUUCCUUUCUAGCUGUCAUUUUAGAUAAAAGAAUAAUUUGGGAAAGGAUCCUAUACAAUUGUGUUAUUCUAAAUAUCAGAGAGAAUAUACACACUUUUUACUUUUAAAGAUAAGUUACUUAGCAAAAAUAUCUGUUUUCUUAGUUUUACAGGAUGUUGGGUGUUUGUUUCCAAUAAAUAAAAAAGUUGAUGUGCAUUCAUUUCCAUUCACUGAUGACUAAUAAAUAAUUAUUUGUGAUUUUU